AUGUUCAUGCACCCUUCUGCACGUAAGGGUUUGAUCACUGAACCAACUUCCGCUCCAUUCUUCAACUACCAAGACCCCGUUUGCAUACAAGACGACCAGCUCCUCGAUUACUCUCAAGAGGCCGCGCUCCACUUCUUCGACCAACAACAACCUCGCCUGCAGACUCCAUUCCAGUACCAACCGGAUUUGCAGUUCGCUUCUCCGCCCUCUUCCGCGCCCUCUUCGCCUACCUCCUCCCCCGCCUCGACCAUCUCCCCCUAUCCGGCGACAACUGCAGUUGCCCCGGAAUACUCCUCUGCCGUCUUUGACGGUAACUCCUUCGAGGCCCCUUCGAUGACACCUUCUUCCUCCUACAACCCUUCGAUCAACAUCCAUCAUUCCGCAUCGCCGCCCUCACAGACCUUCCUGCCUCAAUACACCCAACCCUACUACUUCAACGGCAAUCCGAUGUUGGCACAACAGUCCGUCGCAAACAACCACGGCUGGGACGCCAAUCUGCAGCUGUUGGGCCAGGCUCGUCUCCCGAACAACCUCUCCCGCGUGCCCCAGUUCGCCCAGGAUUCGCAGUUGAAAGCCUCCGCCAGUCCGUCUUCCAGCCGGUCUGCACCAGCCGGCAGCUCCUACCAGAGGAACAACGGCCUCUCGAAGCCUCUGUCCACUCCCGUGCAGACGCCCGUGCAGAACUCGCUGCCUGCGGUCCCGUUCCAAGAUGGUAGCCAGACUGACGCAGAACUUGCAAUGAGACGGGCUGUCUUGGAACAGCAGCAGAAGCAGCAGCAGCAGCAGCAACAGCAACAGCAACAGCAACAGCAACAGCAACAGCAUCAUCAUCAUCAGCAUCACUCCAGCGACUACUCAUUAGCUCCUUCGGUGUCGAGCGUGAGCCACAACUCGCCUGUGACUCCACAGACGGGAUAUGAAGACCUCGACGACGCAUCGAAGGCAAUUGUUAAUGGUGAGAACCGCUUUUCCGAUGUGGACAAGUGGAUGAAUGAAUACUUACGCCUCGAUGCGCUUCCAGACUACAAUCACCACAACGCGAACGGGAACAUGUCCAUUGGCAUUCCCAAGCUCAAUCGCACCAUUUCUGACAUCUACCAAGACGAGCUCUACAACCCGACUUUGAUGUCGACCCCGCAGGUGCCCAAGCAGCAGUCGACGAACCAGCCGAACAUGUUGGCGCCUUCGUUCCGCAAUGUGAUCGCCGAUCGUCUCCAGGCUGCGAACCAGGGUCACUUGACCGCACGGUCUCAGUCUCCGAUGGUGAGCAUGCAGCGGGAUCGUUCGCCCUUCCGGCAGAACUCUCCCAUGGCUGCGGAGUACAAUCACGCGGCUCUCCAGCAGCCCCCAAUGGCCACCAGUGCUCCGACCUCGCAAAACGGGGUGAACAUGGGACCGGCGGCCCAGGGCGAGCCUAAAACCAUGUCCCCCAAGGAUGCAUUGCUGGACUUCAAUGAAGGCGAUGAUGCCGGUCUCCCCUUGUUUCCCCCGUCCUCACAGCCCGACUUCAAUCUGGGGGAGGCACUUGGCGGACUCCGCCGGGAGAGUUCCUCGUCGUUCCAGCCGGCUUCGAACUUUACUUCGAUGGAGUCGUUUCCCACCCAAUACGCUACGCAGGCACCCCAGCAGUUUCCCUUUGCUCAACCGGCCCAGGGUCACCGCCAAUCCCAACAGCAGAACAGUCUUCUGCAUCAGACUCCCGAGUUCCCUGCGUCUCUCCCUCGGUUCGACUCUACGGGUAGUGAUGUGCUUCCUUCGACCGAGAUGACAUCCCCCCAAGCCCCGCCCAAGAUGCCCUCGCAGGCACAGCCUAUCAAGGAAGAGAUUACUCGCCCGGAGAACACCUCCGCGGAUAGCGGCACCUACACCUGCACGUACCAUGGCUGCACGCUACGGUUUGAAACCCCGGCCAAGCUGCAGAAGCACAAGCGCGAGGCACAUCGCCAGACCACUCCCGGGGGCCACCUGGUGAGUCGCGAUACGUCGGCCCGCAACUCGCAGGCGGGCCCCCACAAGUGUGAGCGCAUCAAUCCGUCGACGGGCAAGCCGUGCAACUCGGUGUUCUCGCGGCCCUACGAUCUGACGCGGCACGAGGACACGAUCCACAAUGCCCGCAAGCAGAAGGUGCGGUGUCACCUGUGCACGGAAGAGAAGACCUUCUCGCGCAAUGAUGCGCUCACCCGGCAUAUGCGCGUGGUGCAUCCCGAGGUGGACUGGCCCGGCAAGCAACGGCGGAGAGGACGGGAGUGA